GUUCGGUUUAACUUGUCGGAGGCGGUUCGACGGCAGUCCUCGUAGUGGGGGUUGAUCAGUGGGUUGCCGUCGGCGUGAGGUGGCGGCGGUUUUGUACACGCGAGGUAUUCGAGGGGUCGAUCGAGACGUGCGCCGGGUGGGUAGAAAAGAGUUUAGCGCGCGGUGCCGCGGCCCGUGCUCGUGCUCGUGCUCGUUGGACGACCAAGUAGGAAAGGUAGUUGAAAGGAGAGGACCCUAAGUGUUGUCGGAGAGGAAUGAGUGAAUGAGUGCAAGUGUUCUACGAGAUCACACGAGAAUAGAAGAGGUAAAGAAGAAGCCAGCCAGUCAGCCAGCCAACAGGAGAAACAAUAGGAGAAGGUGGAGUCGAAAAAGAAGAGUGCACAACGACCGCGAGAGAUAGAUUUGAGCAUAGUAGUAGUAGAAGGAGUAAGAGUGUAUAAGUGGGGAGGUUGGAGGAGGGCCACUGCCAAGAAAACAGUAGUGCGUUCCUUGGCAAGAUGGCAGACGGUCCGUCCGCCGAAGAGGCCUCUGCUGUUGAUGUUCGAAUUCUUUCGAAAGAACGACACAAACGACAGGACGCUUCUUCCUCGAGCUCGUUGCUAGCCAAUGCCAAUGCGGCGGCGGCGGUGGCGGCGUCCUCUUUCAGCAGGGGCUACCAGGACGUUCUUGGUAGACGGAACGUUGUUCAUGGGAAUCCUACCACUGGUGCAUUCGAUGUUGACAAUGACGAUGACAAUGACGAUGACCAAGACGAUAAUGAUGACGACGACGACGAAGACGAGGACAAUUACAAACAAGUGGACACUCGACCACGUCGUUACCAUCAUCACCAUUAUCGCUAUCAACAUCAACAACAACAACAACAACAACAAAAACAACAAGAAAGGAUUGCUAAUGAAGGUGCUGUUGGUGUUGGAAUUGGUAAUCAUUUUAAUAGUAGUGCUGGUGGUGGUGAAGGUGGUGGCAGUGGUGGUGGUGGUGGUGGUGUUGUCGGUGGUAAUUGUGCAUCCACUGUUCGAGGAAAGGAACAUAGUAAAGUGUUGUUAUACGAUGAGGAAGAUUAUUACGAGGAAGAAGAUGAGGAUGACGAAGAAGACGACGGUGAGGAAGGUGAUGAGGAAGAUGAGGAAGAGGAAGAAGAUUAUGUGAAACAGAAACCAGUAGAAAAACGAAGAGUUAGAUUGGGCUUGAAAAAAUCUACGGAGGGCAUUGUUACAAGUGUCAGUAGUGUUGCUAAUAAUAAUAAUAGAAAUAGUAAUGCUAGUGUUGGUGGACAUGUAGCUAAUGGUAGUGCUAGUGCUUUGUUGGUAACAACCAUGCUCCGUAAUACAUGGUCGCGAUUAUUACCCAAUGUCGUAGACGUUGCAAGUGAUCCGUCGGAAUCGGUUGGUACAAAGCAAAUUAAAUCGAAUUUAAAAGGUAAAUCCGAUGGGGAGGAAAACAAUGACAAUAAGAAAAAGGAAGUCCAAUAUUUGCAACAACAAAAACAACAGCAGCAACAACAACAACAACAGCAGCAGCAGCAGCAACAACAACAACAUCAACAACAACAACAACAACAACAGCAACAACUGGAAGAUAAAAAGAAGAGGAAUGAAGAGAAAGAUAGAAGAGGAGACGAUACCACGAACGAUCCUCCUCCCCUUAACACCGUAACCGUCACCAUUAGCCCUGCCUCCCCUUCUUCAACAACCGUCACAACGAGCGGCAUCGCGAUCGGCGUCGUUGCCAGCACCGUCAACAGCAACAGCAGCAGCAGCACCAGUACCAGCACCAGCAGUACCAGCACCAGCACCACCGGAAGUGGCAGCUCCGUUGCCGGCGGCGCGAGCAACAUCAAGAGUAGUAGUAGUUGCGCCGGCUCCUUGUCCAACGACAGCCCCUUUAAGGGACAGGUCAGGAUGGCCGAAGAGACUCUCGUUGGGCCUUGCGGCAAGAAGCGUUGCGCCGAUCGAUACGACAGCUCCGAGAGUUCCGACAGUGGAGUAGCAGUCUCGUGCGGAGAGUGUAGCAGUAGUGGGACAAGCGACAUUACUGAACCAGGUUCGCCGUGUAGUACAAGCAGCGACGAAGGUGUAGCAGCAUUAAGGGGAGCAUCAGCAAGCCCAUUACCAAGUUUGCCCAAGCUGGCGCCAUCCUCGCAACUCGGUACCAGGCCCCAGUGGCCCUGGACCCCGCUAUUGGCGGCAACGGCCUGUUCGACUUAUAAGAAACUCAAAGGGGAACCCGAAGCGGGUACCUUGCCUAGGUCCGGUGCAGCCGAUCCAACUUCGCGAGGAUCGUCUAAAGCGAACAGUAAUAAACCAGUUGGUAUUAUUCAUCAUAACGAAUCCUCAUCUCAAGGAAAAAUCACCGAGUAUUUUAAAUCCCAAAUCAAACCAUCACAAUCUAAACUGAAAAAGACGUCGGAAACAAUGUCGGUACUGGUCGCUAAAAGUUCCUCGGAAUUUCGAAGGCCACCAACCGUUCAAAGGAACAAAGGUGGCCUUGCCAAAUACCUCGGCACCGUUUCUAAUCCUCGUACCACGCAAACUGGCAAGGAUUGGGAUAUUAGAACUGUUAACAUGUCGCCGCCACCGCCUAUUAAGAAAACACCACCAGUCAUCGUGCCUAGGACCAACGCUAAAAUAGAUAAAAAAUUAACAAAGCCUCUGCCAAGUUUGCCUAUCUCCAACGAAGUUCUUAAAAAUAUACCACCCUGCAAGAUCUCCUCUCUAAGGCUUACUUCGGAAGCAAGUCCAAGCUCGAUAAAACCGUGUUCACCACCUUCAACGCCAAUUGCCAACCCUCCUACAAACGAUUACAAAGGGUGUAUUUUAAAUUCGAAACCUCACGUCAACGAGAACAAUAAUUUAACGAAUGGAUGUCCAACCUUACUUGGUUUCUUACGAUCUCAGAAUAGUCAGGGCCCGUUGUCCAGGUUAUCGUCAGUUGAAAAUGAAAAGAACGAAACUCAAACGUUGCAAGCUGACGAAGAAGAUGUUGAAGAGGAAGAAGAUGAUUCUAGAGGCAGUGAAUCAAAGACAACACUUUCACCAAUUUUGUCAGCACCUACAACGAUACGUUUUCCUGCUAGGGCACCUGAAAAGGAUAGGUCGCAGCAUGCGGAUAGUGGGAUUUGUCGAUGGGACAAGUGCGAAGCUAGUUUCGAAUCUAGCACUGGUCUUUUAGAACAUCUCCAGGUGGCUCACAUCAACACGCAAACUGGUGGAGACAAUUUUGUUUGUCAUUGGCUGGGUUGUAAAGUUCAAGGAAGAACAUCCUGUUCAAGAAGAUGGCUUGAAAGACACGUACUUUCUCAUGGCGGAAACAAACCAUUUCGGUGUAUCGUCGAUGGAUGUGGCAGUAGAUUUAGUUCACAGACAACCUUGGAAAGGCACGUUAAUGGCCACUUCAAUCAACCCGAAACAAGUAGCAGUAGCGGAAGGAGGAGUUGCGAAAAUGGUGGCAAACUUGUCAGGAGGAAUGGAAAGAGAUUGAGAUAUAGAAGACAACCAUGGUCUGCACGACUGUUCGAUUAUUUCGACUCCGGUGUCAUGGAAGGUCUUCAACAUAGAUUAUUUGAGCUGGCCAAAACAAGAACGCAAGGUCGGUUAGCUGAAACGCCUGGAGAUUCGAUGGCCCUAACUAGUCAAGUAUUAGCAAGAAGAGUAGAGAUGGAUGGCAAAGUUAAAGUCCUUUUACGAUGGUAUCCUCAGGACAUAGAACCAGACGAAUGGGUAUUAGAAUCUGAAGUACAAAGCACAAAACACGUAGAAAUACGUAAAAUAGCUAGAAAAUAUCCUGAAGAAGUUAGUCUAGCGUUAUACCCAGCAAUGCACGGUGGUGUACCACCAUUAACAAGAAUAAAGCAACGUCGAAAAUCAGUUAAGAAUUCGUGAUAAUGUCUCGAAAUGAAGAUUAUUGGAAACCAAUAAAAAAAAAAUUGACUAAGAAGGAAAGGAAGAAGAUAAAAAAAAAGAUGAAGAAAACCGAAUGAAGUUUAAACACAUGGACGACAUGACGGGGUCCAGAAAUAUGUGUGAUAAUAAGAAAAAACAGAAGGAGGAGCCUGGAUAGUAAUAAUAAUAUUAAUAAUAAUAAUAAUAAUUAUAAUAAUAAUUAUAAUAAUUAUAAUAAUAUUAAUAAUAAUAAUAAUAAUAAUUGGAACACCUGUGAAACCAUAUGCCGUGGCGGUAUAAACCGAAGUUAGACGAACGAGAACGAACGAACGAAGAAGAAUCGAAUGACAUGACCAAAGCUGCUGAUUCCGCAGUACAAGAAACUCGGAGAGCAAUAGUAAACAAUUACCCUAAUAUGAAAAAAUGAAAGAAAAAGCAAUGAUAAAAACGAAGAAGAAGAAGAAGAUAAUACAUUCUAAUAUAUUUAGCCUAAAUAAAAGAGAGAGAGAGAGAGAGAGAGAGAGAGAGAGAGAGAGAAUCCUUUCUUAGAUCUCAUGUAUGAUGGAAAUUCAUCGUUCAAGAAUUUGAGGAUGGUAGCUCAAUUUACCUGUUUGAGAAAAUAAAGAGUCUCUUUAUCUUUUUUUAAGAGAUUCUAACAAGAGAGAAAGAGAGAGAUAGAGGGAAUACACACAAGCGGCCUCGGAAGAGCUGGGCUUGGGCCUCAUAAGUGCCUCACCGUGGAUACGUUUUAUACUACAACACAAUGUCGUUUGAACACAAAUAUGAAAAAAAAAAAAAACAAAACAAAAAAAAAUUGAUUAAUGUGAACAA